AUGCCUUGCGAUUAUGGGGUGGACUUUGGCUUUGAGCCGGAACAUAUUGACCGCAAAUCAUUAUACGUCAGCUUGGAAGAGCGCAUUAAGUAUCUACAUGCCUUCCUUGAGUGGACCUCUGAGGAUGUCGAACACCUCACAAGCGGAGCCAAAUACCUCAAGCAACUUAUCCCCGCCGUCGUCAACCUGGUCUAUAAAAAGCUUUUAAAAUUUGACAUCACGUCGCGUGCCUUCCACACCCGCACCACCGCCAGCGAAGAAGACCCAGAGGACGACUACCUCACCGAGGAAACCCCACAAAUCCAACGGCGCAAGAUGUUCUUGCGCUGGUACCUCAUCAAGCUGUGCCAGGACCCUACCAGCAUGGAUUUCUGGCGAUACCUAAACAAAGUCGGCCAAAUGCAUUCUGGUCAAGAACGCCUAGCCCCCCUCAACAUCGAAUACAUUCACCUCGGCGCCUGCCUAGGCUACAUCCAAGACAUCUUCACCGAAGCCCUCAUGUGCCACCCCCAACUCUCCAACCGCCGCAAACUCGGCCUCAUCCGCGCAAUCAAUAAGAUCAUUUGGAUUCAAAAUGACCUCUUCGCCAAAUGGCACCUCCGCGACGGCGAGGAAUACGCCGACGAGAUCUCCAUCUACAGCUUUGGCUCUGGCAAUAAGGAGGGAUAUUUAAGCGGGAAGCGCAUUCUUGGCAGUAGUUCGGAAAGCUCCAUCGAUGAUGACCAAUCUAGUAUCGCUAGUAGUGUGGCGCCGUCCACUUUCAGUGGCGCCCACUCUACUCACACAACUGGACCGUCGCGGACACCCGAGGGAGUGACAAAAACCUCAGCAUGUCCUUUUGCAGAUUUCGCGAAGAAUAACUCUUCGACUGAGACCAAGAUUUGGCAUUGA